AUGAUCCCGAUCGCAUUCCAGUGUUUGAGGAAUGUCCCUUGCCGACCAUGUGUAGCCUUCACAAGAAUCGCACGUCGACGAGUCACUACAACUACCACAACCACAACCACAACCACCACUCCACAAUGGCCAAUGUCAUUCAGUCGUCUGCAUCGUCAACAACCAAGAUACGUCAAAGAACAUACACGACUCGCCACCACCCAUGCUGUUGCUGUCAAGAAGGGUGACCUGAAGCUACGCUGUACAGAGUUUGAUGCCACAGGCGCUGUCAGAAUCACGGCGGGCGAGUUUGGUAAAUCGGAUAUUUGCCAACGACAUUCCUUGUUACCACGCGACUUGCGUGGCAUCGAUACACACUCGGCCUAUCAAAAGCCAUCCAUCUUAGUACGACCCGAAGCGAUCCUUGUCAACAUUGCACAUCUCAAAGCCCUUGUCAAAAGCGACCUCGUCAUUCUAUUCGAUACAUUUGGAUCGUCCGAUAGCUACAAUCAAAGCAUCUUCAUAUAUGACUUGCAAGAACGUUUACGCACCAACCAUGAAUUGCCAUUUGAAUUCCGAGCAUUGGAAGCGAUACUGGUAUCAGUGGUUUCCUCUUUACAAUCACAAUUGGAAGUCCUCGAGACACCUGUCAACAAGCUGUUGGGGGAUUUGGAAGAGAUUGCAGACGUGGAGCAAUCAGUCAAACAAAGCCAUCUACGUGAUCUCUUGCAGUAUUCAAAGAAGCUCUCCAAAUUUGAAAAAGACGCCUUGUCCAUCCAUGAUGCAAUCGAAGAUGUCUUGGAUAAUGAUGAGGACUUGGCAGCAAUGUAUCUCACUGCAAAGAAGGCUGGAAAACCUAGAGAUUCAUCGGAUCACGAAGAAGUGGAGUUAUUAUUGGAAUCCUAUUUGAAGCAAACAGAGGAAAUUGCCAGCACAGCGUCAUCAUUGAUAUCCAAUAUGAGAUCGACCGAAGAAAUCGUGCAAAUUAUUCUUGACGUAUCUCGCAACUCUCUUAUGUGGUUCGACAUUCGAUUGACUAUCAUUACUCUUUCAGCAAGUAUCGUGAGCGUAUAUGGUGCACUCUUUGGCAUGAACUUGAAGAACUAUUUCGAAGAUGAUCCAAUCGCUUUUUAUGCAUUUUCCGGUGUCGCUCUUUCAUCGGGAUUAGGCGCUUAUAUGUAUGCACUAUGGCGUCUAAAGAUCCUAGCAAGAAUCAAGCGAACAACAGAACCUAUUCGUCGCUUAUAUAAGUUGUGA